CAACAAGUCGUGUCAAUGAUUAGCUGAUAAAAGUGGUGCGAAAUAAGAAAUAACUUGAAAUAGUACCUUUGCAAACGCAAGCAGGAUUUGUUAUGAAAUCCGCUUCCUGCACCACUCUCGGUUCCACGAUCGUGGUUUGAAGAGAUGAUGCGCCGUCGUCGCCGGCCUUCUGGCUCCUAUGCCACUGCUGUCGCUUCCGCGACCAGCGCCGCUGAUUCGGAUGUGUCAGGCAAUGCUCGCGCUAUGCUUUCCCACGAGGAUCUUCUGGUUCUAAAAUCCAAAAUCGAGCAAUUGCGCGCCGGCGCCAAGUUCCACUACCGCCAGGCAGAGUGGACCCUCGGGCUAACCCAACCACCCUCCCGUGCCCAGGAGGCCGCGAUAUCCGUCCUAUCGGGUGCUAUCCUCGUGUUCGCCCUUCUUCUGAACUCCGUGGCCGGGCCCGCCUUCUCGCCCCUCCUGAAUCCCGAAAACAGCCACACCGCGUUUGCGUUCAACCUGCUCCUGGGACUCGUGUUCACGGUGGGGGCGCUAUCCACGCUGUUUCUCACGUACAUCACGGUUUGUUUGGCCAUGGACAAUGAAUUGGGAGCCUGGCGGUCCAUCCUGCGCUUCGAGCGACUGGUGGAGCCCUUCCUCUGGUUCACUGCGAUCGCACAGUUUAUGUGCAUCGCAAUGGGAAUUUUGGCCAGCGCAUACACUGCAGAGCAAUACGAGACGAAGCAAAAUGCUGAAAAUCUUGCUGGUGGUGCUCAAGAUGACAGCGCCGCCUGUGCUCGCACGUGGUCCUGGAUCACUAUCGGCGGAAUGCUGUUUGUUAUGUACGCCAAGUACAUUCACUUUUACGUUUGGAGCACGCAGAUCAUGCCCAUGCAAAUGCGGCAUUGGGCGAUCUGGCUGGCGCCGUUCGCCCUGUACAUGUUUCCAUCGAACGCGCGGGACUGCGCGCGCAUGGGGCCGCUGUACGCACGCAUGAUUGUGAAAAACGUGGCGACGUUUUACGGCUGGCGAUUGUUCCCCUAUGACGCGUUCUACUGGCCAGAGGUCGGGUACUUUUCGGCAUCUUCGGCCGAGGAGAAACCAACGGAGGUUUCGAGUGCUGAAUUCGAGCUGUGGAGGAGAUGGCUGCGCGAACAAGGAAGCACUGUUUUUCAUGUUGAUGGGAAAGAGAAUCACGCACAUGCUCUACUUCAUGAGGAUGACGGUGCCCCAUGCUUCUGGUACAUGCCAACUGAGCACUUUGUGGACAAACACCAAAUUGAUCUGAUCGCGGUUGCGCUGACGGACAAUGAUAUUCGCGCCGGCGAUCUCGCUGGUCUGGACACAACUUGCUGCUUGAGGAUGAUAGAGGAAGUGAUUCCGCGAAACCUCGCUUCGAUUGGCCAGAAAGUGAAGCUGGCGAGAAUCCUCGGUUGUAUAUGAAUUUUUUGAAAUUGGAGGAAAAAGCUAUGUAUAACUAGCUCCUGUAUAGUAAUACGAAUGCAGGAGUAAAGAUCGCUUCUGCUUUUGAGCGUUUGCCUGCGGAGCCGUGACGUGUUAUUGCAACAAUUUUGUUUUUCAGAGUGAUCUGUAGUCGUAUUCGCCCCGAAGUGAGAAUGCAAUGGAAAUGAUAAGCGUG